AUGCCCAGAGGAUUCCUGGUGAAAAGGAGCAAGAAACCGAACCCGGUUUCCUAUCGGCUUCGGUCCGAGGAGGGCGACGCAGUGCCGGAACCCGCUGGCGCGCGCCCGCCAGUCACGCCCACCUGCGCGGCUGCAGCGGCGGCUCCGAACCAGGAGGUCCGACCAGUCCAGUUUGGAAACCCCGAGACGGUUUACCAGGCGCUGCACAGCCCGACCCGGCCCGCCUGCCAGGAGCGACGCGUCAGCCUCGGGUCCCCGGUCUCCGGCGAGUCCUUCCCGACAGCAGCCGCCCUGGACCACCUGUUCGCCCCCGUGGACUUCAGAAUCGGCACCAGCAACAGCAACCGAUGCGGCACCGGAGACGCGGCGCCUAAGCGGCGGUCCAGCGACGCGGAGAGCAAAUCCAAGCCGCCCGGCAAGAAAACCAAAGCCACGCGGAAACUGCACUUUGAGGAUGACGUCACGACGUCUCCGGUGCUCGGACUCCGGAUCAGAGAGGCGCCGGCGGAGGUGAAGCCCGUCGGACCGUCGCCACCCGGACCGGACCGAGUCCACCUGGGGGAGUUCGUGUGCCAGCUCUGCAGGGAGGCGUACGCGGACCCCUUCUCUCUGGCCCAGCACAAGUGUUCCAGGAUAGUUCGGGUCGAGUACCGGUGCCCGGAGUGCGACAAAGUGUUCAGCUGCCCGGCGAACCUCGCGUCACACCGCCGCUGGCAUAAACCUAGGCCCAACUGCUCCAGCGACAGAGACUCCCCGAGUCCCGGUCCGUCAGAGUCCGGUUCCGAUGAAGGACUCUACGACUGCAGUCAGUGCGGGAAGAGGUUCAGGCGGCACGCUUACCUGCGCAAGCACCUGGCGACGCAGCACGGCGCGCCCGGGGCCCAGAGCGGGUCCAGCGCUCACCCGUGUCCCGUCUGCCGAGAGAGGUGCUCCACCCAGGACGGUCUGGAGCAGCACACGCGCCUCCUGCACCCGUGCCACGUCUUCCCGUGCAAGUACUGUCCCGCCACCUUCUACAGUUCCCCGGUCCUGACCCGGCACAUCAACAAGUGUCACCCGUCCGAAAGCCGACAGGUGGUGCUGCUGCGCCCCGCCUGCUGACCCACACCCCGUUCCGUCAGACCCGGUCCCGACGCUUGUAAAUUGCACUUAUAUGACAACAUCGACCGCCGAAUGAAAACCCGUUUUGGCCUGACGAGACUCGGCGCCUUGCUCAAGGGCUCUCCGGCAGCUGCAGCCACAGGGGUCCUGUUUUUAUGACGCAGCUCUCCACUCUAUUUUCCAGCGCCUCUGCACAAGUGCUCGUAGACCUAAGAAGUGUAGCUUUAACUUUGGCUGACCAGUAGGUGUCGCUGAAGCCUCCAGACAGAUCCCUGCUGUCAAACGCCUUAAA